AUGGACUUUACCAUCUCACUCGCACACUUCUGCGAGGUUCACGGUCCGACGUCCAUCAUCUGCACCCAGGCCUCGACUUCUCCCUGUGGCUCCUGCAACCCAUGCGACACCCCGCCAUCCGAAGAGCCGCAUUCGGCCUAUUCCUACAAUGGCCUCUACGACCAGCCCGCAUCUCUCAAGCUGAAUGCGCGCCUGCCUCAACUUACCUCUCCCUUUGAGUCGCCACCCACAAGCCCGCGCUCCCCUACACACAACCCGUACUUCCCCAGCUUUCCCUCGUCUUCCAGCAGCAGUUUCGGUGGACGGAGAACCAGCAGCACACUCGAUGCCGAUUCGGACGCGUGCGAAAACUGUCAGAUGGUGGUUCCGCAAAAGUACAGCGACAAGAUCCCGAAUGGCGCCCCUGGUAGCCCCACCAAGGACGGUCGUGGAAGGAACGGCAGCCCUGUCCUACGCAGUUCGCAAAACUACCCAGUGCGCCGGCCAGUGUCUCGUGACGAUUUCAGUAGCACCGACUCGUCCGAUGUCUCAGAUACGGAGCAAUCCACCUCUUUCCAGAGCGCCACUUCGAGCUCGUAUCCCGACUCCAUACCCGCCUCACCCCUGCUUGCCUCAAGAGGCGUACACACCCACACACUCAACUACAUCUCCACCAGCCAGCCACAGUCCCCCAGCACAUACUCCCUCUUGCGACGCACCUGCAUCCGUACAUUGUCGACCGAGGUUCUUCCGUCCAGCAAACCUUCCGGAGCCAUGAUGUUUGGUGAUUCAGUCGCCGGAUACACCAUCGCCUACGUCUUUCGUCUGCAGGACCCGCGUUCUCGAGGAGCUAAGCGCACCUAUGCGCUCAUUGCAAUGGCCGGUCGCGACUGCCGGAGAGCCACCAAAGCCAUGGUCAAGAUUACCGAAGCAUUCCAGGGCAUCGCGAACCGGAUCAUCUCGCUGGCUGAAAAGGUGCUCGAGCGUGAGAGCGCAGCCUCGCAGAAUGUUUCGCGUCCAAUCACAGCCAUCUCCGGUGGUACCCCUCCGUUUGGGACUUCUGCUUCUUCCAUGCCGCCGCAGUUCCUAUCGCCGCAAAAGGAACGGACCUUGUCGACUACCAGCACACCAAACUUCCGCAACAUCACCCCUGUUUCAUCCUUCCUUUCCGCCAAAAAGCUCGAUCCAGAUGGUUUCCCCCGUGUGUCCCGCGACGUAAUGAAGGCGAAGAGUCUCAUUGAGAUUGUUGGCCAGGAAAACUUCUUU